GGCAUGCGGAAGCGGAAAGCCUCAAUGAAGACUGAAUCAGCCGGUGCAAGAAGCCUCUCCGCUUUAGGUCGAGAUGUCGGGGCUGCUUUGCGGGCGCCUCUGCUUGCUCUUGGGGUCAGCUGCUGUCGCUGCCUCCGUUCCACGGCGGGGCUUCUCUGGUGCCUCCUCCUCGCACUCCCUGCGGCAUUUCUACCUGGGGGUGUCGGAACCCAUCCAAGGUCUUCCCAGGUUCACUCAGGUAGGAUACGUGGAUGACCAACUCAUCACUCGCUAUGACAGCAAUAUAAGGAUGGAUCAGCCUCAAGUCCCCUGGAUGGGGAAGGUAGAGGAAGAGGAUCCCCAGUUCUGGAAGCGGGAGACCCAUCUUGCACGGAUAGCUGAUAAGGAUUUUGAAGAGGCCUUUGUGAUCUUGCAAAGUCGUUACGAACAGAAUGGAGGGCUUCAUACUUGGCAGUGCCUGGUUGGCUGUGAGCUGAGCAAAGACAAGAAGCAGAAAGGAAGGUUUAUGCAGUGCGGCUACGAUGGGAGGGACUUCAUCAGCCUGGACAAGGAGACCUUCACUUGGACGGCAGCCGAUGCUGAGGCCCAAGACACCAAGAGGAAGUGGGAGGCUGAUCCAGACAUUGCUAAAAUAUGGGGAAAGUACCUGGAAGAGGAAUGCAUUGAGAGGCUGCAAAAAUACCUGUACUAUGGGGAAGAGACUCUUCUGAGGACAGAGUCCCCGACAGUGAAGGUGCACCGUAAUGGCCAGGAGAUCCUUGUCUGUCGAGCUGAUGGCUUCUACCCCAAGCAGAUCAAUGCCACCUGGAGGAAGGAUGGGGAGGUCUGGAAGUGGAACACAUCCCGCAGGGGUGUCACUCCCAACUCAGAUGGGACCUACCACACCUGGAUCAGCAUAAAGAUUGACCCCAAAGACAGGGACCACUACAAGUGCCAUGUGGAACAUGAUGGCCUUCAGGAGCCUCUGGACUUGGCCUGGGUGGAGCCUGCCUCGGUACUUUUUGGGGUCAACGUAGGAACUAUUCUGGCAUUUGUCGUAGUGGCAUUUAUUAUACUGCUGGUUCUGAAAAUCAAAUAUCACAAAAAAUGCCUGGGAAAGAUAGAAAUCUACUCCAAAGUGUCAAAGAAAUGGCAGCAAGAGGCUUCCAGAGGAACCUGGGAAGCAGCAUCAAGUGAUCGGACUCCCCAGAAGGAGGAAAAAAGCCUUUUAUCCCAUUCACAUGAUCUCUCUGACCAUCUGUCCAGCAACUACAGGGAAACUGGUCAGUCUGUGCACAAGAAAAAGAUUCACAAUCCAACGAGGAAGCACAGGAAGGCAACAGGAGGCAUAACAGAUACUACUGUUUAUGGUUAUAUUCCAGCUCAAAGGUCUGCCCCCUCCUACUACACAUUUGGUGAACAAGAGGAGGGAGCAGAGAAAGAAGUGUUGGGGAGAUCUUUUGUGCCGCUCUCUGCUCCUCUCCACCCAUCACUUUCACCCUCUCGCCCUCUUCUAAUUGUGGGAGGAGGAGAACGAAAACCAAGGCACCAUGCCAGGCAACGGAAAAACAGCUCUGUCCUGUAACGGCUGCUGGCAGGACAGAGGCUAUGGAGACACUGUAUCUCAGUACACAAGACUGGAGCAAAAGAAGGUUCUGUCAUUGCCUAAGAGGACUAAACAAGUGGCCUGGCACCUUACUUAAAAAAACAAAUAAAAAACCUUCAAAAUGUGAAAGGCUUUCUUGGAAACUCCCAUACCUGUGUCUGCAGUUCAGGGGGGCUUUAUUCCCUCAAAGAGGUCUAUCACCCCUGACAGUUUCAUCAUGUCUGCCUUUUUAAUACCCUUUUUUAAAAAGUUUUUUUUUUUCCAAAGGCCAUUCCCAGAUGGCAGGCAUGUGUUUUGACACAGGCUGUUGGACUAUUGAGAGGAGGAGGCCCUCUGAAUGCUCAGAAGCCAAGCAUUGGAAGCAGCCAUACUCUUAAGAUCUGCAGAAUAGCAAGGAAAACAGAAUGCCCAGGUCUUCAUCCACUGAGCUCACAUAAUUUAAAAAGUGAUUUAAACGGUGAUCAAAAAUUUUUUUAUUCAAGUGAAUUGCCCAUGAACUGUUUUUUAACCCCACAAACAAGCAAAACAACCCACCCCAAAGCAAAAUGCUUCAGGAGGUAUUUGGAGUAGAGAAGCAGCUUAACAUACCACAUCAUUUAUUAUUAUGUAUGUAUUAUAAACAAGUUUACAAAACAAGGAAACCCUUUGGGGAGUGACCUCCCAUUAGCAUUUCAGUGCAACAAAAAUGUGUAUGAAAGACAUACUGAUUUUCAAAGUGGUUUAAAAAUAAAUGAUAAAUGCGAUGGCUCCGUCCCUCCCUGUCCCCAAAGAGCUCACAACUGAAAAAGAAACACAAGUAGACACCUCCUGCAGCAGUGACUGGAGGGAUGCUGCGCUGGGGUUGGAAAGGGACAAUGUAGACCCCAAAGCGGGUAUGUGGUGGUGGUGGUGAAGGAGGUAUUAACGGGAAACCCCUCUGUCUGUUCUUGUUUCUUGAAUAAAGAGAGGGCAGUUUAACAAGAACAUGCAGCAGCUGAUAGAAAGAUAAGAGAAGCCACCUUGCUGGAAAGAGCUUCCUAGCUCUGCAUGGAGCCUACUGUCUGUCCAGCUUUCCAUUCUUGUGGUUUGAGCUCAAGGAAACCACUCCCGCCUUUCCUUUUCCUCCUGGUUGGGGGUGUGGGUGUGGGUGUGGAGGGGCGUGUCAAUUCACGUGAUCUCUCCAGCAGACCACUUGUGUGCCUCUUGGCAUCUCUGGUCUGGCAUUUACUGGUUUCAGCCCAUCGAAUUGAUGAUUCAAACAAUGGACACUUUUUAAGGACUCAUUGAACUGCUCUCCAGGUUGGACCCCAUCUUUCAGGAACAUGUGCUAAGUGUAGAGGAGUCACAGAAAAGGAGUGAGUGGCUUCAAGUUCAUUAUCUGUCCCCUGACUCACAAAAUGAAUUUAUUGCAGAAUGUUCAAAUCUUGUGAAACAACACAUUUUGCUGGAGGGGCAAUCUGCAAAGUACUUUGCAGUAAUAGUAGAUGCCACACCAGAUUCCUCCCGUAUUGAACAAACAUUUCUUUUGAGAUAUGUACUUUUAAAAGAAACGCAGUAUGAGAUUCAAGAAAGAUUCCUCAAGUUUGCAGACUGUAGCAACAAAAGAGGUAAGAAAUUGCUCAGUUGAUAACUGAUACAUUGAAAGCACAUGCUAUUCCUCUCAGUGAUUGUAGAGCUCAAACCUACGAUAAUGGGGCAAAUAUGGCUGUGAAAUACAACAGUGCACAAGCAAAAAUACAAGAACAAUGCUCAACAGCAAUUUUUUCACCUUGCAGUUGUCACACACUCAACCUAUGUGGAAAUAAUGCUACUGAAUACAUACCUGGAGCAAUAACCUUUUUCGGAAGAAUUCAAACACUGUACCACCUGUUCAGUUCCAGUCCUAAGCUGUGGGAAUUACUACAAAACUAUAUUGGUUGUUCUCUUCAUGGUAUGUCUGAAACAAGAUGGUCAGACCAUGUUGAAUGUGUAAAGCCUUUUACAGGUCACUUGCCUGGCAUUAAAUUGGCAAUGGAAGACCUCCUAGAACUAAAUUUGAUGGCCAAAACAAGAAAUGAAGUCCAUCCAUGUACAGUUUUUAUGUUUGUAUAUUAUAUAUUUUAAAUCAGAUUUGUUUUCAUAUGUUUAGCUUAAUACUUUUAACUGUCAUUUUUAUUAUAUGUUUUUUAACUUUUGUAAACCGCCUUGGGAUUAUUUUUAAUGAAAGGCGGUAUAUAAAUUUAACAAUAAAUAAAUAAAUAUAAAUAAAUGGAGUUUUAUUA